UAAAAGUCACAGUGUUUCUACCCUACGGGUAGAACGUAAAUACAAAUAAUAAUAAAAACAAAGGAUUCUCUGAUGUCAGCUGUGGAGGUUUGUGUGUUACUGAUGUCAUCUGUACACAAGAGAACUUAUCGGUAAUAUUGAACAUGGGCAAGACUACGAGAGUAGUUGUUUGCGGGAUGAAAGGCGUCGGGAAAACCGCGUUACUCGAACAACUUAUCUACGGGAACAUCGACGUGAAAACGGAAAUUCACCCUACGAUCGAAGACAUUUACGUCGCCAACAUUGAGACCGAUAGGGGCACGAAAGAGAAGGUCAGAUUCUACGACACAGCUGGACUGGAAUCAUUACAGAGCAACGUUAACAAUCAACAGCUUCCGCGACACUAUCUUGCUUUUGCCGACGGCUACGUUUUGGUGUACGAUACCGGUAAGCCCGAAUCUCUCGAUGUGCUUUUUCCGUUGAAAAAGGACAUCGAUAAGAAUAAAGAUAAGAAGGAAAUAACUGUGAUUGUAAUUGGCAAUCGGACGAAAACCGAUGCCGCGUUGAAUAACUUGGAAAAUACUGCGAGCAAGGCGAGUAAUUGGUGCACCAGAGAAAAGAUCAAACAUUACGAGGUUAAUGUCAUGGACAGAUCUAGUUUGUUCGAGGCAUUUAUGCAUUUGUCGUCAAAGCUGAAUCCGCCUGCUAAUAAAAGCACAUUUCCACAAUUGAGUAUGGGCAGGAAAACUAUUAAGGGAGAAGCACAGUGAUAUUUAUUUAAAACUUAGAAUAGAGAAUUGCACUUGUGUAUAUAUAUAUGUGUAUAUAUGUAUAUAUAUACACAUAUUAUUUAUAUAUUAUAUAAGGAGUACUUAUAUACAUAUGGAGUGUUGAUACAGAUAUUAUUUAAGAUCUCAAUUAUGAUGCAUUUCUGUUCACAGAGUGUAUAAUGUUUUAUUUUCUGAAUUUUAUAUGUGAUAUUAGACUUGAAAUGAAAGACAAACUGUACUUAAUUUAUAGAUACAUCAAGAUUAUGUACUUAAAAUAUUGAGAACUUUGCUGGUACAAAGCAACUUUAGCAUUAUUUGUUUUUUUUUUUUUUAUUGACAAGUUGCAAAUGCAAAACUUACUUUUUUUACACUUUAUGACUGUGUUAGUCUAUUGCCGGAUAAAAGACUUAUUUGCACAUCUCUUUUUACAUUUAUAUCGAAUGUAUAAAAUCAUUCUCUUUUAACUUUUAUACUGUAUUUGUAUUUAAUUUACUCUUACAUUGCGUUUGCGAUUGAACGACUGUUGUUACAUAAAUUUAUAUGUAAGCGAUUAUUGUAAAACAAAUUAUAUCGAGAACUUAUUUUAAUUGUGUGAUUGUA